AUGGACCUGUUCCACCUCCGCAGCCAGACAUUCAUCUUGGUGGUGCACUACCACUCCAGGUACCCUGAAGUUGUAACCUUGAGGAGCACAAUGGCUCAGGCAGUCAUCGACGUUCCCAAAAGCAUCUUUGCCCGGCAUGGGAUUCCGCGAGAAGUCAGAUCAGACAACGGUCCACCGUUCUCUUCACUUGAGUUUGCAGCAUUGGCGGCAUUUUACGGCUUUGACCACGUCACCAGCAGCACGCACUAUGCGCAACCGAACGGAGAGGCGGAGAGAAUGGUCAGGACCAUCAAGGAGUUGUUUCGCAAAGCAACAGACUCUCAUCUGGCCUUGCUCAGCUACCGGGACACCCCCGGAGUCGAUGGCUUCAGCCCGGCCCAGCUCUUGAUGGGAAGACAACUCCGAACCAAAGUGCCGAAACAGGAUUCCCAGUUAUGUCCUCACUGGCCGUCGAGGAAAGACGUGAGGAGAAAAGAUGCAGCCUACAAGCAGAAACAGGCCGCUGACUUUAACAGGCAUCACAGAGCUCAAGGUCUGUCAUCGCUCCGAACAGGCCAGUGUGUCUGGGUACGACCUGAUCAGGUCAAAGCUACAGUGCUUAGCCCAGCACGCCGACCACGAAGUUAUGUCGUGGAAACGGAGCAGGGUGGCGUCCUACAACGCAACCGGCGUCACCUAGUGCCUUUUGCACCUCCUGCGCCAAGGGUGGAACCACCGCCGUCUGAGGAGCAGGAGCCACAGCGAACACUGUCCCCUCUCCCAGUAUGCCUCAGCAGCAGAUGA